UAAAAUUUAGGCAUAAUAAAUGUACCAUCGCGCCUUUUCGUUCGAAUCGAUUUAUGUUGGCACUACUUCGUUGAUGGGCUGGUAAAUCGAUAUUAUGAUAAAUAUAAAUUUCGUGCAGAGCGCAAACAUAAACAACAAACAGACAAGUUCGUUGUUUCGCUAUCGCUUUUAAUUAUCUUGACAGUUUUUAGUUAUUUGCUAGAAUUUUUUGGUGUGAAAGCCCAAAUGUCAACAAUUUCUAUCACUUUAAGAAACGUUUGAAUUUUCUUGUUAUUAUGCCAAUAUUAUGUAUAAUAUUAUUUAAAAUUAUUUCAGAAAAUUAACAAUUUAUUAUAUCUAUAAUAUAUAUGUAUAACGUGUGAAACACGAUAUUUGUCUAGUUCUUUUUAUAAUAUCAACGAGAGAGUUAAAUGAUAAGCGUGAAGGUUAAUGACGCUUCAAGUGACACAGCGUCCGAUUUGAAAGUCGCUCCUGUAAAUGAAAUGCCUCAAUUAGGCAUGAAACGCAGGGCCAUCGAUGCCCCAGAUUUAAACAAAAAGAAGCGCAAGAAGGGCACUGCGCUCGGACCACUGCAGCCGAAAAACGCGGUGUGUGCUCUAAAUGAACUUCGACCUGGACUUGAAUACAGUCUGGUAUCGCAAGAGGGGCCGACACACUCGCCUCUGUUUACUAUGAGCAUAGAAGUGAACGACCAAAAGUUUCUUGGCAGUGGUAGAUCGAAGCGUCUCGCAAAGCAGGCUGUGGCAGAAAAGGCUCUGCAAAGCUUUUUGCAGUUUAAAAAUGAGGCUGACGCUAGGCAAGCCAUGGGCCGCCAGUUGACCGCUAAACAAUUAGACAUCGACUUUACCUCAGACAUCUCUGAGUUUGACAUGACACUCUUUGACCUGAACGCAGUACGAAAACAGCCGGAGGCGAAAAUCCCGCCACCGAUCGUACCGUCAGCCGCGGCGAAACCUAAACCUUCUAGUAUGACUAGUCCUACAGCCGAACAGAAAGCCGGUACUUCUGUCACAAACGCCAAUCCAGCCCUGACGCUGCAGCAGCAAAAGCAGGCAAAAUUAGCCAAGAUAUCGCCGCUGGAGAAAAAUCCAGUCACCAUUCUGAACGAGUUGGUGCCUGGUACCAAGUUUGAGUGUGUCGGAGAGAGCGGUGAAGCUAAUACGAAAUUCACCAUGGCUGUGACUGUCGAAGGACAAGUUUUUAAAGGAGCAGGACCUAGCAAGAAACUGGGAAAAGCAGCUGCUGCUAAAGCGGCUCUCUUGAAAUUGUACAAUCUGAAUUUCUCGCCAUUUCAAGGAAUUCACACUCAACAGAAUUCGACUCUGGGGCAAAACCAGAACUUUGUUUCCCUGCCGCAAAUGCUGGCAGACCACAUUUCAAAUCUUGUGCUGGAUAAGUUCUCUGCUCUGAUGGUAAGCAAACCCGCUCACUCGGGUCGAAAGGUUCUGGCUGGAAUUGUGAUGACGACAGGCUCAGCCAUGGAUGACGUGUCUGUGAUUGGAGUAACUACUGGCACUAAGUGCAUAAAUGGCGAACACAUGAGUGAUCUAGGAAGCAGCUUGAACGACACUCAUGCUGAAAUUGUCGCCCGCCGAUGUCUUUGUGAUUUUUUGUACACCCAGUUGGAGCUGCAUUUGAAAUCAGGGUCUGCAAGUGAGUCAAUUUUGGAGGUGAAGCCAGAUGGGAAAGGUUUCAGAGUGAAAUCGCACGUCAAGUUUCACCUGUUCAUCAACACAGCGCCUUGUGGCGAUGCAAGGAUUUUCUCUCCCCACGAGACAGCUAACACUGAAGAGCGUGUGGACAAUCAUCCUAAUAGAAAGGCAAGAGGACAGCUUCGCACCAAAAUUGAAUCUGGUGAAGGCACCAUACCUGUAAAGAGCUCCGAGAAGAUACAAACCUGGGACGGUGUUUUGGAGGGCGAAAGGUUAAGGACGAUGUCUUGUUCAGACAAAAUCGCGCGAUGGAACGUACUUGGUCUUCAAGGAGCACUGCUGUCGCACUUUAUCGAGCCAGUCUACCUGACUAGCAUAGUUGUAGGCUCACUUUUCCACCCGUGUCACAUGUACAGGGCUGUUUGUGGUAGAAUUGAGAACACAGUCCAGGGACUGCCACCUCCUUAUCGCCUCAAUAAGCCUCAUAUGAACCUGAUUAGCUCACCUGAAGUCCGAUUACCAGGCAAAGCUCCUAGUCAUAGUGUUAAUUGGACGAUAGGUGAGGAUGGUCCGGAAGUCAUCAGCUCAAUGACCGGCAAGAACGAGACAGGAGGCGCCUCUCGGCUCUGCAAGCGAGGCUUUUUCGUUCGAUUCAUGCGCCUUGUGUCGACGUUGCCUACCGUCACUGGAAUAGGCAGCCCAGGCAACCCUUGCCCGCCUACGUAUUGUGAUGUCAAGGAUGCUAUGCAUGAUUACCAAAUGGCCAAGAAACAGCUUUUCAUAUCGUUCCGCAAGGCUGAGCUGGGCGAAUGGUUGAACAAACCCGUCGAGCAGGACAUGUUCGAGGUGUCCCCAUAUGAGGUAAAUGGGGAGCUGGUUAACGAACGGGCGCGUUUGAUCGCCGGAGUGGGCGAGUGAGUCGCACGAUGGGAAGGCAAGGCGCAGCACCCCAUUGCUGCCCCCAACAAUUUUGCAAUGCAACACGCCCGGCUAGGGGUCUUUGAGUAGAGGCUACCCAGUCCCAAGAGAAUCAAUCUUCCAUUGAGUAUCUUGCCUUUGUUGUGACAUUUGGACGUUGAAAGUACCUCUUCAAUUUUAGAAGACUGACGCUAAUUUUUUGUUUUGUUUUGUUAAAAAUUGUGCGUUAAGCAAAGAUUUAAUUAAAUUUUUUUCAUGGUGAGUGGAAAAAGUUUUCUUCAUAAAUUUUUAAUUGAUUUGGACUUAAUGGUUUGUAAGUUAGCCUGACAUUUUUCACAAGUCAGAGCUUCAGGUUUCAUCCUUUGCAGUCCAAAAAAAAAAUGGAAGGCUUGUGACUAAUAGCUGACUAGCUCAAAUCACACUAGCUGAAUCGUGUCCCUCUCAACUUAGCGACCCGCUCAUUCUCUUUGGCUUCAGGAAAAAUCAUGCUAUAAUUAACUCAAUCAAAUGUAACCAAUUCAAUGGCGUCUGUAUUUGGUGUCAGCUAACUCUUUCAGCAAUCAAAUAAAAUCAUAAUCUUGAUGUCAAAAAA